CCGGAGGGGGAUCCCUUUCAGGCAGGUGGGAAGCCACAGCAGACCACAACCUGGAGAAAGCCCUGCUUCAGGUGGAAGAGGAGCAGCAAAGGUACAAGGAAGAAGCAUUUCUUCAUACUUGGUAUCCUGGAUGCUCAUGGAAGUGAGGGAAAAACCUGUCGGUGCUGCCUGGUGUCCCCAAGGGAAGCGGUUGGGCAAGCUGCUUUGGCAGGAGAAAGGUGUGAGAACCUGGCAGAAGUGAACACUCUCCUGCGGGAGCACCUUGAUAAAGCCAGUGAGGUUAACUCAGCCCUCAGAGAAGAUGUUGGAAAGCUGACGGUGGAUUGGAUGAGGGCCCGGGAGGAGCUGGAGUUGAAGGAGAGUGAGUGGCGCCAUGAGCGUGAGCUUUAUGACAACUACUUAAAGGGGGAACAUAACCGUCUGCUCAGCCUGUGGCGUCAGGUGGUGACGUUCCGCCGUCACUUCCUGGAGAUGAAGACUGCCACGGACCGAGAUUUGUCAGAGCUGAAGGCGGAACAGAUGAGGCUUUGUGGAUCUAUCCUGGUGAACUGCUCCCACCUGAACUCCAGCGUGCGGCUCAGGGAGUCCAUAGCUCUGGGUAAGCCUGUCCUGAAGGGUCAGGCAGACCAGCAAAUGGAACAGAAAAUAAACCACAAGAUUCAGGAAGUCAGGUGGGACCUGGAGAAGAAGGAGCUUCAGGACAGGGUGAUGGAGCUCUCAGCCUUGCUUGUACAGUCUCAGAAGCAGAACGAGGAGAAGGAGAAGACCAUGAAAACACUUAACGACACAGUGGAGAUUCUAGAAUCGAGUUGGAUAGAGAAAGAGUUUGAAGCUUCAUUGACUAAAAGUGCCAAAGAAGAGAAUCUUUUCCUCCAAAAGCUCAUAAAAAAUAUCACUGAGGUGGUGUUAGACGACAGCGACAGCCUGGUCAGCAUUAUCUGCACUGACAGUUCCCAUCAUGCAGAGUCCGGGAACAUCUUCUCCGCUCCGAGACUGGUUGACACAGGGCAUGCCUUUGGAUUGGUUCUGGAAGCACUGGCAAGGAUGCGAGGGGCAACACAGGCUCUGAGAGAAGAGCUUUCUGCCAGGGAGGACUCAAACAAUUUCCUGCUGCAGCAGCAGAGACAGCAGGAAGAGAAGUGCAGGGAGGUGCAGCAAAAGCUUGAGAAAUUGGAGGAGAAAUGCAAGAGGUCCAGCAGCCACCAACAGCAUCUGCAGUCCUUGGUAGAGGAACUCAGGAGGGACUGUGCAAAUCUUGAGAAAACUAGGGAAGAGCUACAGCAACAGCUGGGAUUAAUGGAGCAAGAAGCCUCUUGUCUGCGUCAGAGUAAAGCUGAGCUGCAGCUGAAGGAAGAGUCAGCCCAGGCAGAAAAGGCAGAGCAGCAGGAGAGGAUGGAGAGAGCGCGGCGUGACCAGGAGCUCCUAGUGAAGGACUUGGCUGCACUUGAGGGAAAACACUCAUCAUUGCAGAGGGAAUUGUUAGUCAUGAGACAGACACUGGAGAAAUUGCAGCUUCAGAGGGAUCUGCUAGAGCAAGAGAAGGAUGAGCUUACCAUGGCUCUGGAGAAGGCAGAGCGGUCAGUGGCAGAGCUGACAGGGGCUCAGAACAAGCUGAAUGCUGAAAGAGCUGAUCUCCGGGCUGCAGCAGCAAAGAUGAGCAGCAUCAAUGAAGCCCUUGCACUGGACAAAGUGCAACUGAACAAACACAUGCUGCAGUUGGAGCAAGAGAAGGAAGUUCUGUCGGCUAAAGUGGAUGAAAUGGAGAGAGCAAAGGUCUCUGAGCAGGAGAAGCUGAACUUUUGUGAAAGAGCUAAUGAAGAGCUCAGCACAGAGAAAGCCCAGCUGGAGCAGCUGCUGAAGGAAGCAGAGGAGCAACAGGAGGAGUUGCGGGUGGAACUGAGGGCAUUGGGAGAGGAGAAGGCAGAAACCCAGGAGAAAUUCUGUCAGGUUUCCCGCGAGAAGGAGUCGGCUGGCAGAGCUCUGGAGCAGCUGCGCCAGGAGUCCUCUCGCCAGGAGCAGGCGCUGGCCCAGGCGUGCAGGGAGAAGGAGCUGCUGGGCCGGGAGAAGGCUGCCCUGGAGGUGCGACUGGCAGCCACGGAGCGGGACCGACAGGGCAUUUCUGAGCAGCUGGCAGAGGCCAGGUCAGUGAAGGAGACCCUGGAAUCCAGCCUGUUUGCGGCUCAGCAGCAGGUAUCUCAGCUGGAGAUCACCAGGAGUCACCUGGAAGCUCAGCUGCACACAGUCAUGCAGGCCAAGGAGGUGAUCCAAGGGGAAGUGAAGUGCCUCCAAUGUGAGCUGGAAGCAGAGAGAGCCCUCGGGAAGCAGGAAAGGGAAGACAUGGCCCAACAACUCUUGCAGGCAGAGCAGCAGUAUCACGAUACCCUCAGACUUGAGGAAACUGCUCAUCAAGGGGAAAUAAAGAAGCUCCUGCAAGACCUGGCAAGCGAACGAGAAGAGCACCAUGCAGAGAUGCAGAAGAUGCUGAAGGAAUGGGAAAAAGGGAAGGCAGAGACAGAAGAGGAGCAUAAGAAGAUUCUGUUUGAGAUGAGACAGAAAGUUGCCACUCUGCAGGCUCAACAAGAAGAGGAACGAACGAGAUUGGAAAAUGCCAAGCAAGAGGUCCUGCUGGAAAAGCAGAACGAGAAGAGUGUUUUAUUAGAGACACUGCUCCAAACUCAGGGAGAGCUAAGCCAAGCCUGCCAGCAGGUCCAGCAGCUGAGGCAGGAGAUGCAAGAACAGCAAGAGAAGGGGCAGAUCAUCAAGGCAAAGCUGCAAGCAGAGCUGCAGGAAGCUCAGAGGGAACUCCAGGCAGCGGAGAAGAGGCACAAAGAAGAACUUGAAAGCAUCCAAGAGGAAAUGAAUCUCCUCCUUGAGCAGAGGGAGGAUCUACAAAAGCAGGUGGGACACUGGACAUCUCAGCUUGCAGCCUGCAGAGAGUCCCACGAAGCCAUUGCCCACAAAGCUCAGCAAGAUGUGAGCGAGGCCCAGGAACUCUCAAAGCAGAAGAUGCUGGAGAUUGAGAAGCUCCAGAAGAUCCUGGAGGAGGUUGAACAGGAGAAGAAGGAGCAAAAAGUUUGUCUGCAAAACUUGGAGAGUGAAAGGAGCCUUUGGGAAGAAACAGAGCGGCAAAACUCAGAAUUUCAGGCUUCGGUGAAGGCCCUAGAGAGGGAAAAAACCAGGCUGACUGUGUGUCUGGAAGAGAAGGAGUUGAGCCUCAGAACCCUGGAGGAAAAGAACCUUGCCCAGCAGAACCAGGUGUCUGAGCUCCAUUCUGCUCUUCACCAGGCCAAGCAGCUCCUUUCAGACCGCACAACAGAGCUGCAGGAGCUCAACAACCAGAUCCAGUCCCUGCAGGAAGCAGUGCAGGAGAAGGAGGCUGCCCUGGCAGCUCGAGAGGAGCAGCUGCUGCAGGCCCUGGAGGAGUCACGAGCGGGCGAGCGGAGCUUGAAGGACUCUCUGCAGACUCUGGAGGCCGAGGGGUUUGAGCUGCGUUUGAGGCUCCGUAACUCCGAGAAGAGAGAAGAAGCCUUGGCCACAGAGUGUCAACAGGCCAGCAGUGCCCACCAGGAAACCCGAUCCCAGCUGGACAAACUGCACUUGGUUCUCCACCACAUGAUCAGUGACUGCAGAGACUUGGUCACUUGGAGCUCAGAACAGGGUAGUGCUGUGGGCCUAACUACUUCUCAGGCCAGGGACCUCCCCACAGAGCUCACAGUGGACAGAGUGGCAGCAGCCCUACAGGACCUGCGUCAGCACCUGGAGCAGACUCAGAAAGAUCUGAAUGACACCAGGAAGAAAACACAGGUCUUGGAGCUGGAACUGAGCACAAGGCAGGCUGAGAGGGACCAUUGGUGUGCCCGCAAUCAGGAGCUGCACAAACAGUUGGCUGAAAGCCAGGAAGCGCUGUGGACGGCAGAACACAAGAGGGAUUCUCUAGAAGCUGCCCUGAAGGAAGAGGCCUCUGCAAGGAAGGAAGAAGCUGUGACUCUGCGUCAGGAGGUGGAGUCUCUGCAAAGGAAACUGGAGAGCACAGAGAAGCAAGGACAGGAUGUGCUGCAUGAACGGGACAGGCUGCAAGCAGAGAAAGAAAAACUGGAGUGUCAGAUCAAACUUCUUGAGGAAUCACUCACAGCCUCUGAAACCCGAGCAAAUACAGCAAGAGACACAAAUCACUCCCUUGAACAAGAACUCCAAACUGCACUGUCCCUCUUAGAAAUUAAAAAUGAGGAAGUGGAAAAUCAGAUGAGGAAAACGGAGAUGCUCCAGAAAGAGGCAGCAGAGGGCAAAGCUUUACAGGAUAAUCUGGCUCGUAUGACUGCCAUCCUGUCAGAGAGGGAGAGAGAAAUGAAGGUGUUCCAAGAGCAGAUGAGAGUCCUGGAAAAGCAGAAAGAAAUGCAAAAAACUGCUCUCAAUCAGGUUAUUAAGGACAUAACAGAGAAAGAAAAGAAGACGGAAUCUCAGCAAGAACAGAUACAGGAGCUGGAGAAGCAGCAAGAACAGCAAAGGAUUGCUUUAAGCAAAGAGCUGGAAGAGAGAGAGCGGGAGAUGAUAUCCCAGCAAGAACAAAUACAGGAGCUGGAGAAGCAGCGAGAAAUGGAGAGGGCUGCUGUCAGCAGGGUGAGCAAGGAGCUAGAAGAGAGGGAGCAAGAGAUCAGAUCCCAGCAGGAACUGAUAGGGGAACUGGAGAAGCAGUUAGAAUUGCAGAGCACUGCUGUCAGCAAGGUGAGCAAGGAACUGGAAGAGAGGGAGCAGGAGAUCAGAUCCCAGGAGGAGAAAAUAAUGGUUCUAGAACAACAUGGUGCAGCACAAGUGAGAAAUCUGCUUGAGGAUCUUGAUCAUGUGAAAGGAAACCUGAAGGAGAAAAACUUGGAGCUUCUGUCUCUGACUCAGCAGAUCCAAGAACUGGAAAAGGAGAGAGAACAGGGGAAAACUCUGCACACAAACCUUGAACACCUGAGGGCAGCUCUUAAGGACAGAGAGAGUGAGUGUGACACUCAAAGGGAAGAGUUAAAGCUCUUGCAGCAGCACAAGGAACAGCAAGAAGGGCAUCUGCAAGAGCUUCUUGGUAAAGUAGAAAACAUGACACUUUCUUUAUCUAAAAAAGAACAAGAACUUGAGUCACAACAAAAGCAAAUCCAGGAAGUUGAAGAAGCCCUGGAAAUGCAGUUAAGGACUGUCCGUGACCAACUGGAGCAGACCUUAGCAACCUUAAAAGAAAAAGACAGACUCAUAGACAUCCAAAAGCAACAAACAAGGAGCUAUGAGGAAAAAACAGAACAACAGAUGAAUGUCUUGCACAGAGACUUAGAAUACACUAGGGCAGUACUGAAAGAAAAGGAUAUCAUGAUUGAAUCUCAGAAGGAACUGAUUGAGACCUUCCAAAAACAACAAGAAGACUCUGAACAGCAGAAGGAAAUUCUGCAGCAUCUUCAAGUGGAACUAAAGGAAAAAGAGCAGGAAAUUUUAUCCCUUAGAAAGCAGUGUGAGGCAUGCAAGGAAAAGGAGGAAAAACAUGAAGCUCAGCAAAACAAUUUCCAAGCAGCAGCACUGACUCUGAAAGAAAGAGAAGAAAAGAUCUGGGUUCUGGAGGAGGCUGUCUCUAAGCUUCAACAGCAAAAGGAGGAGACAGUGGGGCAGACUAAAGCCAUCAUGCAAAAACUGGAAUGUGCUGAAUCUUCUUUAGAAGCCAGCGAUCAAGAGAGAGCAUCUUUGGAUGAGCAUGUCCAGGACCUUCGAGAGCAGAAGGAGGUGGAAGGCAGGCAGGCCAAAAGUCUAGAGCAGGAUCAAGGCAAAAUGAGGCAGAUGUUGCAGGAGAACCAUUUGGAGUUCCUCAAGCAGACAGAGCAAAUGAACAUGGUCCAACUCCAUGAAGAAAGCAUGAAAGUAGCACUAACCUUAUGCCAGAAGCAAAUAACUCUACUUGAGGAAGUGGUGAGGAAGAAAGAUGAAGACAAUGAAACUCUUCUGCAAAAACUCCGGCACCAAGAAGAAGUAGUGAAGACUUGGCAGAAUCUCCAGCUUAGGGCAGCUGAGAAGAAUGAAGAGGUUAGACGUGAGGGAGAGCAAGAGAAGCUGCUGCAAGAAGCCUUCCCUGAGAGAGAAGGAGAGACCAAGGCUCAAAGCGACCAAAAGGAGUUAGAAGAGGUAAUAAGAGCUCUUCGGGAAGAUCUCCAGCACAUUCAGCAGACUCUGAUGAAGAAGGAUGAAGAGAUCAAGUACCAAACAGACAGAGUCAGGUAUUUAGAGGAGGCACUGUCAGGGAGAGAACAACAGCUAAGGAGAGAGAGCGAACUCCUGAAAGAAUUAACAUCAGCUUUGCGAUGGAAGGAUGAAGGGGAGACCCUAAAGAAACAAAUCCAAAACCUCCAAAAAUGGGAGAAAGAGGUAAUAGAGAAGAUGAAAGUUCUCCAGGAGAGAGACCAUCUCUUGCAAAGGCAGAAGGAGCUAACCCAACAAUGGCAAGCUGAGAGGAAAGCCAAUGGGGAGGAAUUGGAGUGUGUGGCUGCUGCUUUGAAGCAGACACAAAGCAGAGAACUCGAAUGGAGAGAGAAGGCCCAAGUCCUGAGAGCUGCCCUUACCAAGAGUGAAAUGGCCAAAGGGACUCUGCUGAAAGAAUUGGACAUCCUGCAGAGAAUGGUUUCAGAGCGGGACACGGACCGAUUCCAUCAGCAGCAGGCUGUUGCAGAAGGGGAGCAGCUGUCAUGGCUCUCAGAGAAGAGACUCAUGUCACAGAGCCUGGAAUGUCUGCAGCGAACAGUUGCAAGGCUGGAAGAUGAAAAGGUGGAGCUGAAGCAACAAAAUGCUGAGCUCAGGAGGACUCUUGAACAGGUGGAACGUGAGCGGAGGAGGCUGAAGAGAUGUUUUAGGGAUCAGAUGCUCCCAGAUGCCUGUGGAUUGUCUCUCUCCCAGUCUGACCAGCACAAAGUGUCCACCUCUAGACAGGAGGAGUCUCACGCUCACUGCAGUCAGCGAUUAGCUGAGCUACAGAACCAGGUGUCCCUCCUGCAGUCACAGCUGGCACAAGACCGACAGCACAGGCAGAACUACAUUGAGAGCUGUGCAAGGACCAACCAGGAGCUGUCAGACCUUCACCAGGAGCUGUCCUGCUCCUUAGCAGCUGUGCUCAGGGAGCCCAGAGCUGCUGUUCUGGAAGCAGAGACUCAGAAGCUGGAUCAGUCUCUGAACUUGGCACUGAUGUCCCUGGACUGUCAGUCUCCUGAGAGACAGAGGGUACAUCCAGCAGCCCAACCUGCCAGAAGCAACCUGAGGUAACAGCACCUCUGGUCUCCAUUUGAACGGGAGGAUUUCUGCUAAGACGAAGAGCUCUUGGAUGUGAGAAAUGGGAUGAACUCCUCAGGGCAAGGCUGCUCCCUGCCUUUUCCCUCUGUUUCUCUCACAGUCAGCUGGUGCUGUCAAACCUCACCUUACAUUGAGGAUUAGGAUCUAUGAAGUGUUAUCUCAGGCAGAUGAUUUCUGGGGACAAAAUGUGAAUAUGUGAGAACGAAGACAUAGGUAAGGAGAGAGAAUGAUGUGUGGAGAAGGAAGCCCAAACACGAACAAUCCCUGAACAGUAAGACUUUGGGGUGACAGCUGUCCGAGGGCGGCUGCUCAAAUAAAAUAAAAGGACAUAAAGGUUGUGCUACAAACAGUUAAAGUAGCAUGACAGCAUUUGUUCUGUUUGCAUUUCCAAUCAUCUCCUAAGGACAGACACUUAAAUGUUUUUCCUAAUAAAAUGUUUUUAAUAAAAUUU